CUCGGUACGAUCCCAUUUUUAAUCAGUGCAAUGAGUUAUCGUGAAAAUGAGAAGCCGAUUGAUCUUCCCAUUGUGUACCGUCACAAUGCAGUACCGUCCAAUGCAGUCGCUGGUGGCCGCAGAACCAAUAUAGCUCGCAGUUAUCCACUUUUUGGAAAAAGCAAAAGUGACCUCGAUUUGGCCAGUGCAAAAUUCGAGUACAAUCCGAACGGAGAAUCAACCUCAAGUGAAAACACGGUGACUUCGCUUUUGGCUUUCAACAAUACCGAUAAUCCGACAGCAAUUGAUACACCCCCGCGACCACCGCCUCUGCCUCCUAAACCUAUCACCGUCACUGGCCUUUUUGAAACGGAUAACGGACGCCGGGCGUCUUCAAUCACCCCUUCGUACGACAUUUCCAAAGGAAUCGCCGAGAGUGCGAUGGACAUUUCGCUCCUGACGGCAAACGCUAACCAGUUGCGAUUGCUCAUAACUUACAACCAGGGUUCCAAGACUUACGUCGCUUGUAUCACAUUCGUAAUAAUGUCCCUCGUCCUACAAAUGAUGGUAGCGAUUUCCAUGAUUGUAGUUUCACUCACGAAACCCCAAAAGGACGAUCCCAGACGGCAGAGGGUUAAAAUCAUUACAUCAGUCGGUGUAGCGAUCAUCACUAUGAUCAAUAUCCUUGUAGCUUCGUUGGUUGUUGCAGAACAACCUCCCAAUGCUAUCGUAGCGACUUCCGGCAACGUUAUCGGCAUGCUGACCAACGUUAGUGUAACGGAUGCGGCUAACUAA